CGGAUGCCCCGCCGAUUUAUUCCUCGUCCUCAGCAUCCAUAAAUGGAUGCAUGCACAAGUUCCCAAGCACAGUAGCCGGCCCAAAUAGGCAAAGCGGGAGGCCCCGAGGCCAUCCACACCAUGUCAGCCUAUGAGGACUCCCAGAUGCCUUGGGCCCUGGGGCUAGAAUCUCGACCCCGGAAAAUUCAGGUGUCGACGCGAGAAUCCCUCCGGCGACCCAGACAGACCCAACCCGCACCGCCAAGGCGAGUCUUCAUCCCGACACUUUUUUCCCUCUGAUCUCCGGAUCCGUGCCAUCAAUCACCAGAUCCAUCGUCCGUCAUGGCCACAAUGGGUGCUGUCCCCCAAUAUGGGCAGCUGAUCCGGUCCAUCUCUGCAGCCCGGCCCGGCUUCUCCUACGUCCCUCGCCGCACGCUCACCUACACCGUCCCUCGUCGAGCCACCGAAGACAACCCCAACGGACCCAAUGACAAGUCCUCUCCCGAGUCCAAGCCCUCCACCUUGUCCUCCAUCAAGAACUUCUUCUUCGGCGGCAAGUCCACCGCCGCCAAACCCACCGCCCGCCGAACCGUCGCUCCCCACAAACGCGAGGGUUCCCUGAGCGCCGACUCCAUCUUCGCCGAGGAUGAAGCCAGCCCCAAGCUCUCCCCCUCCGGUCGUACCCCGGCCGGCCGCAAACCCACCGGCCCCGCCGAGGAGGGCGAGAAGGAGAUCGACUACGCCGUCGACCGCCGCAACAAGGACACCAUGCACACGGUGCUGGACCCGAACCCCAAGGCCCGCAUGCGCUGGGAACGCAAGAUGGUGGCUCGCGAGAUCCGUCGUCGCGGCCGUAUCACCACCACUGAGUUGAUCAUGCGCACGGAGCGCGAGUCCCUCUCCAAGUCGCAUUGGUUCAAGACCUCCGUCAAGAAACUGGGUCCUCUGGCUCGUCAGAUCGCCGGCAAGAACAUCGACGAUGCCAUGCUGCAGAUGCGUCUCAGCAAGAAGAAGGCCGCUAAGGAGGUCUUGCAGCAUCUCGAGCACGCCAAGAACGUGGCGGUCGUUCGCUCCGGUAUGGGAUUGGGCGCUGUCGAGGGCAAGACGGCUCCGAAGCCCGUCACGAUCACUCUCAAGUCCGGUGAGCGCAAGACCAUCUCCGACCCGACGUCCAUCUACAUCGCACAGGCGUGGGUGAACCGUGGUCCGUACGGAUACGACUACGACCACCGGGCCCGCGGCAAUAUCAACCUCAUGCGUCCGCCGUACACCUCGCUGUCGGUGGUGCUGAAGGAGGAGAAGACUCGGAUCCGGGAAUGGCAGAACCGGGAGGCUCAGGAGUUGCGGAAGCGCAAGGCCCAGCUCUGGACGCAGUUGCCGGACCGUAAGAUCACGGCCCAGCAGCAGUACUAUUGCUGGUGAUCUUCCAGUGGAUGAGCACCGGGUGACAUGUUUGACUAUUUUUCUUUGGCGUUGUUUUGUGUUAAUAUCUAGACCUAAGAAGCCUCGAUUUGAUUUCAGCAUGUUUUACUAUUGACGCCAUUUCUUUCUGAAACAGGGUCGUCGGUAACCAAGAAUUCAAUGUGUACAAUACAAUAUAACUCUCUUCGUCCCCUC